CACACACAACAACACGGACAAAUAUGAUAUAAUUGUUUCGAUUUGGAUUUUCGUUCAGGAAAGUCGGUGUGAAAUACUCGGAUAAUCUCAUGUCAUCACUGGAGUACACGAAAAAGGAUUGUUUCGCGUCUGGGACUCUGUCAUCGGCCUCUCUGAAAGGCACUUUAACCAAAUUCAACAGCAGGAGACAUAAAGCACGAAAAAAGAUCUCCGCACAAAACAAAGAGGAGCCCGAAGCAGAAUGUGAUGUUUGCAGGCUGUCUUUACUCAGUUGUGACAAUCGUAACCGUACUGUUCGGAGAAUUCUGAUCGCGUGUGUGAUUUCUCUGCUGGCUCUUCUGUCAGCCGUGGCCAUGGACUUCAACUCAUCGUUGGCUCAAUGGCAAGCCACCGAAGCUUCGCUUGAAAAGCUGACGUCCUGCAGCACAAACGUCACACUCGCCCUCAUUGCAGAGCUCCAGACAUUAAGAAAGCUCAGUUCAUCAACUGUAGAUAAAAAUAAGCAAGAAACAAACUCCUUGAUAAUGCUCACAGCUAACCAGUGUUGCACUAGUACUGACCUGGACAGUUUGGGGCAGCCGUGUGACAUUGAAUUACAAGAGUUCUGUGAUCAUCUUCAAUCUAAUCUCUCUGAGAUGCUCAACGCUACAUGGAGAGGCAACUUUGCGGAUGCUAAUGACACCACAGUUUUUACUCUAGCAAUUGAAGAGAUAUUAAACACAUGGGGCGUCAAGGACAUUGACGUCAGUCUUCUCCAACACAACCCAACCUGGACUGAUGUUCUUGCUCUGAAGCUGCUCCUGACAGCUCAGGAAUUGAAUUACCUCAAGAAGGUGGAGAAUCAGGAUGAAAUAUGGCAAGUGACUGCACUCCUAACAGUCUUAAAAGACAUGUCUGAAAACCUCCAUCAAUGCUGGAUGGAAAACAUCGACGUUGAUUUAAACCUCACGAACGUUAAGGAUCUUCUGUACACUACUAGCACGUCUUCAGAAGGAUCUACAGAUUUGGCCUUGAUGAACGUGCAAAGAUGUGUUCAUUUCAGAGCUGGAUGGAGUCUGAAACUGAAAUCCAGAGACAUUUCAUCUAGCAUCAGCCUGAAGGUCUGCCUGCUCACCAUUGCCUGUCUCAUUUACCCCAUAGUUCUGCUCUCCUUUAAACAAAUGACCGAAUGGAUCCAAGACUACGCUCAGAGCCUCCGGGAGAAAACCGAAGACCUGAAGAGAGAACGGCGUCUCGCCGAAGAUCUCCUUCAUCAGAUGUUGCCCAAAUCGGUGGCCAAGCAGCUUCGCCAAAACAAACACUUUGAGGCUGAGAGUUACGAGAAGGUACUUUAUUUGUAAACACUGUAAAGAAACGAUGGGUUCUACUCAAUUCUUUAGAGUGGAAUUCUUCUAGUUCUCUAAUUCUCAAUUCCUUAGGUUUACUUAACCAUUUAGUUGUUUUCCUUUGGCU